GAAAAGGUCGAUGACAAUGCAACGAGUCCAAGAUCAAGACAAUGGAAUCAACAUCAAAUUCGGUACAAGAAAAGAUAAGAAAGGAAGCUACACGCUCGUAUCGCAGCACUCUGAGAAUGAAAAGAAUGAAAAAGGAAAUAAUUUCAACGGGACCAAUAAACAAAUUAAAAGUGUAAUAGCUGAAGAAGAGUUAGUUCCACCAGAUGGAGGAUGGGGAUGGCUUAUACUUUUAGCAUCCGUUAUGGUCAAUCUACUUAUUCCUGGAACAGUAAAAUCUUUUGGUGUUUUAUUUGUUGAAUUUCUUGAAGUUUUUGAUGCAUCACCUGCUGCAGCUGCUUGGAUACCAGCUUUAUGCUAUUUUCUGUAUAGUUCACUUGGUCCUUUGUCUAGUAUAUUAUCAGUUAAAUACUCUUAUCGAACAGUAACUUUAUUAGGAGGAACAUUUGCUGCUGCAGGAAUGAUGCUAAGUUAUUUUGCAAACUCUGUGGCCUUCUUGUGUGUUAGUUAUGGUGUUCUGGUAGGAAUUGGAGCUGGCUUAGCUUUCCCUCCAACUGUGUAUAUAGUAACUUCAUACUUUGUACGAUUACGUGGGCUUGCAAAUGGACUUUGCAUAUCCGGUAGUGCAUUAGGUUCAAUAUUUCUUCCACCCAUCCUAGGGAUACUACUACGAGAAUAUGGUUACAGAGGUGCAGUAUUAAUAAUGGGUGCUGUCACUUUGAAUGUAUGGGCGAGUGCUCUUUUGUACGAACCGGUGGAAAAACACAUGGUACCAGCAUCGUCGUCGAACAAAUUAAACGACGCUGACGUGGAGGCCUCCUCGGUUACAGUAACUAGUCCCGAAGAUGAGAAGCAAUCAAAUCACAUUGUUUCUUCUUUGAACACAAAUGAGAAAGCCGCACCAAUGGUACCAAAGAGCGCGUCCAGUGUUGCAUUAGAAUAUUACAAGAACACGCCCGUUCAAGGCCGAACGAGAAAAAUUAGCAUGCCCACGGGACGUGAGAUAACGGGCCAGAUGCACAGCACGCCGGCACUGCACGCAGUUCCGGAACGUGGUGGAGAUUCUGGCAGGCUAUCAAAACGUCAGAAAUCGCCCUUCCAGUCACCGAGUAUGUCAUCCUUUAACUAUAUCAGCACACCGUAUCAUGGAAGCACACUUUCCGCUCUACAGCCGGAAAGAGCGUCCACGUUAACCUUGAACGCGAUAUCGAGCACGUUUGCAAGGAAGGGUGCCGAAGAAACAAGCAAGGAUGAAGUAAAAGAGAAGAGGAAUAAAUUCUUUGAUUUUAGUUUAUUGAAGGAUCCCAUCUAUUUGGUAAUCUUGAUCUCAAAUUCUACAAAUGCUGUCAGUUAUACGAAUUUUGUCAUCUUAUUACCGGCAUAUGCAAUCUCAUUGGGUUUCGAAAAAGAUAUGUCUUCCCUUCUUCUCUCGACUGUAUCCAUAUUAGAUUUAAUAGGACGUAUAGGGGGUUCUGCCCUCUCCGAUGUCUCAAUUAUGCCAAAACAUUGGUAUUUCGUUGGUGGUUUGUUUAUUUCUGGAAUCUCGUUGACUCUUCUCCCUAUAGCCACAAGCUACACUCUACUGUCAGUUUACUGCGGUGUCUUCGGUUUAGCAUCCGGUAUUUACGUUGGUAUUACCGCAGUUAUAAUGGCCGACAUGUUAGGGACCGAGAAGUUAACUUCCUCUUAUGGUAUCUCAUUGUUCGUAAAUGGAAUUAUACAGUUGGUUGGUCCUCCCACUUGCGGUAUCAUAUUUGAACAAAUCGGCAGUUACGGACCGAUCUUCAGUAUCUUAGGAAUUAUUUUAGUAGUAGGCGCGUCAUUGUGGGGUUUCGUUCCAUUCAUUAAAAAACGACAAAAAAUCACAGAGAAAGCAAGUCCAAUUGAAAAAUUAUAGUGUAUUCACUUACUGGAAUUAAGUAUUUCAUGAUGGACAAGAGCUUAAUUGUAUGAUCAUUGUAGAAAUUCAUCAAAUGUAUAUUACAAUUAUACAUGUAUGACACACACACACACAACGCACGCACGCACGCACGCACGUACACACAUAUACACACACAGAUGAUAAUAUCUUUACAAACUGUGAUGUUAGAAUGAAUGUUAUGUAUGUAUAUAUCACUGGCACUGUGAUGACGUUAUAUAUAUAUAUAUGAUCCACGCGCACAUUUUCAGGUGGAUUGAUAAGGAAACAAUUUUCAAAAAAUAUAUUUUUAAAUAACACAAAGGUUCUCUUUUCUUGUAAAUUGGAAGUAACUUGCCUUACACUUGAAAAAACUUAU